AUGGUAACCGCAUUUUCUUCAUCAGUUCACACAUGUUGCAUUUCUAGGGGCCUCAUUCAGACAGGAAGUGAAACUUAUGUGCUGGAACCAAUGAAUCAUGAAGAUAACAUGAAUCAAAAACAGGUAUCCAGCCCACCACAUAUCAUUCAUAAGAAAUCAACAUCCAACCCAUUACACAACCUGCAUGCUAAUGGUUUGCUAACAAGGAGUAAAAGAGUACGCAGAGAUAUACACAGCGAAACAAAGUACAUUGAAUUAGCGUUAGUAUGCGACUUGUUGCUGUAUUCAACCUUGCAAGAUCUGUAUGGUGUGGAUGCAGUGAUGUCAAGUCUGCUACAAAUUGUCAAUACUGUUGAUUUAUAUUUUCAAGAACUGAACAUACGGCUAUCGUUGAGCUAUGUCGAAAUGUGGACCGAGACUGACCAGAUUACUCCAUCAUCAUACUUGGUGUCUUCACUUCAAUCGUUUAAAGACUACGUCAGCAUAAAUAUGGCAGAUAUACACAAGGACAAUACUCAAUUGCUAAGAAGAACUUUCCAAGAAGGUGAGAUGGGAGUGUCAUACUUUAAUCGCUUGUGCUCAGCGAAUCAUUCAGUAGGAGUUAGUCAGGUAACAGAAACGACCCUUGAUAAAGCAGCCGCAAUCUUGACGUACCAAAUCGCUAAUAAUAUAGGUAUCAGGGAUGAUGGAUAUCACACAUCAUCGUUAAGCACAUGCACAUGCAGUUCUGAAUCUUGCCUCAUGGACGGAGCUAACUUACUCGUUUCAACGGCUACAGAGUUUUCUGAGUGUAGUAGAAAUGAUUUACAGAGCGCCCUCAUGAGGGGAAAGCUGAGUUGCUUAUUUGAUACUCCAUCACAGUUUUACUUUGAACCUCUUUGUGGUAAUGGCAUUGUGGAAGCUAAUGAGACUUGUGACUGUGGUGAUUUUCAGACAUGUGAAGAUGCCUGCUGUAACGCUUCAACAUGUCAGCUCAAACAAGGUGCUCAGUGUCAUAGUGGACCAUGCUGUGAAAAUUGCCAGCUUAAAUCAAGUAAUAGUAUAUGUCGAGAAGCCAUCAAUGAAUGUGAUGUUGUAGAGACGUGUGAUGGCCAAUCAGCUGAGUGUCCAGCAGAUGCUAAAGUGUUAGAUGGAACACCCUGUAAUAACAUGACAGCAUAUUGUUAUCAAGGUAGCUGCCCAACUCUACAAAGUCAGUGUGAAUACUUGUAUGGUGAAGAACAACCAGAAGUAACUACACCAGUGGCAUUGAGACCCAAUACAACAACUGUUAAGACCAAUGUAACUGAACCUAUUGUUGUAACAGAACAACCAGAAGUAACAACACCAGUGGCAUUGAGACCCAAUACAACAACUGCUAAGAUCAAUGUAACUGAGCCCAUUGUUGUAACAGAACAACCAGAUGUAACAACAGCUGUAGCAAGAACCAAUACAACAACUGCUAAGACAAAUGUAACUGAGCCUUUUGUUGUAACAGAACAACCUGAACUAACAACACCAGUGGCAAGAAUCAAUACAACUGCUAAGACCAAUGUAACUGAGCCCAUUGUUGUAACAGAAGAACCAGAAGUAACAACAUCAGUGGCAAGAAUCAAUACAACUGCUAAGACUAAUACCAAUUUAACUGAGCCCAUUGUUGUAACAGAUCAACCAGAAGUAACAACAUCUGUGGCAUUAAGACCCAAUACAACAACUAAGACCAAUGUGACUGAGCCUAUUGUUGUAACAGAUCAACCAGCAGUAACAACACCCACUGCAGGACCUGUUAUAACAGCUGUUUCAGGCUUACAUCAUUCUAAUGUUACAACGCAUAUAGUAACACAAGAAGAUACUUCUGAUGAAGUAAUAUCUACUGGAGCAGCAACUGCAUCCAAGUCUGCAACUCCUGAAAUGACAACAUCUAAUUUUCCAUCUUCUACUUCUGCUGCAUCAACCUUUUUCGAUACAGAAACUGUCUUUGAAGAGUUAACAUACUUUGCAACAGAGUUGCUAUCAACUGAGGUGGAUUCUGUUGAAACAACUCGCCCUCUGACACAAUUUGAUGAUGCAUCAACAUCCACAUCUCUAGGAUUGACAUCUGCUGACACAUUGACAACAUCUUCCGUUCCUGUUGAGGGUGGAACAACAUUUGCUGUUUCCAGCGUAACGGCCUCUCAUAUUGGUACAACUCCAAGCAUAAGCUCGUCUGCGGUAGUAGCAUCAAUCCCUAUUACCAGUGUGACUGAGACUCUUGAUGUGACAACAUCUGAUGCACUUUCAUAUGCAACUGAUCUUGAAAACUUUGAAACAGUUUUUGAGGAAUUCACAUCUGUAGAAACAACAGCUGCAACUACUUCCAGGAAAACAACAUCUGAUGAACCAACCGAAGCAGCAACUACUUCCAGGAAAACAACAUCUGCCGAACCAACCGAAGCAGCAACUACUUCCAGGAAAACAACAUCUGCUGAACCAACAGAAGCAGCAACUACUUCCAGGAAAACAACAUCUGCUGAAACAACAGAAGCUGCAACUACUUCCAGGAAAACAACAUUUGAUGAUCCAACCGAAGCAGCAACUACUUCCAGGAAAACAACAUCUGCUGAACCAACAUCUGCUGAACCAACCGAAGCAGCAACUGCUUCCAGGAAAACAUCUGCUGAACCAACAGAAGCAGCUACUACUUCCAGGAAAACAACGUCUGCUGAAACAACAGCAGCUGCAACUACUUCCAGGAAAACAACGUCUGCUGAAACAACAGAAGCAGCAACUACUUCCAGGAAAACAACUCUGCUGAAACAGAAGCUGCAACUACUUCCAGGAAAACAAUGUCUGCUGAAACAACAGCAGUGCAACUACUUCCAGGAAAACAACGUCUGCUGA